AUGUCUUCUAUUGAUCAUCAAAACUGUACUAAGAAAUCCGUUUCCGCCAUGAAUGCUGUUAAUAACGCCACAACCGAUAUCAAAACUAGCGGUUCAAAUCGAAAGAGAAAAAAUACUAUUCAUAUUCUCAUUAAUGCAACCAUGCAAUUACUUUCUUCUCCACCAACUUCUCCUACUUCUAUCAAUUCAUCAAAAGAUCUCUGUAAUUCACCAUUUUCGAUAGACUCUAAUGAAUCAUCAUAUUUCUCGUUUCCCGAGUUUGAAACUUUUAAUUAUGAACAUAAUCAAGAAGAUUUGGGAUCUCGAGGAGAAGCUGACGACAUGGUAGUUCAAAUGGAACAAUUUGAUGAGAUGUAUGUUAACGGCAUUCGAGUGCAAAAGUGA